UACUUUUUCUUUUGGCCAAAAUCUGCUUUAAUCAGGUUUAAGUUGUUGUUGUUUGUUUUCUUAUUCAAUUGUCUUCAAAUGAGCUCUGAGGUUUUGGUGGCGCAGCCCCACUAUGACAGCAGAGCUGUGGCUCAGGGGUUCCCGGGCAUCGAGCCUCCUGUAGAGCUGGAUGUCCCUCCGCCGGCCUCGGGCUCAGCCACAGCGGGGUUCCGCUCAGCUAAAUACUCACCGGCCGAGUGGUUCUCCAACUACCACGCCGUCCUUCAACGGGCCGGCACCGACCGCCACGAAGCCUGCAGCAUCCAGCGGGAGUCCAAGGCCCUGUACCGGGACGCCGAGGCCGCCACUCUGAAGACCCAGGCCGAGGGAACACGUCUUCUGGGAGAGAGACUACAAGAGAUCCACUCCUGGAAGUCAGAGCUGCAGCAGCACAUCCAGCAGCUGCUCGCCAGCACCGAGUCGCUGCUGGCGCUGAAGACGAGGCUGGAGAGGGCGCUGGACGCCACGGAGACCCCAUACGCCAUCGCCACCGAUAACCUCAACUGCAGGACCAGGAGGCCGGGACCAGACCUGGUCCGAGACACUGUGGAGGAGGAGCUGGUGAAGGAAGUGGACUUGAUCAGGAGCGUCCAGGCUCUUCUGAAGAGGACUGCGGCCCACGUGGUCACUCAGAUCAAGAUGAAUCGAGAGGCCAAGCAGACGUUAGAGUUGGACUGGUCCGAUAAGCACCAGGCCUACGGCUUCGAUGACCACGGCGGGAGAUACAGCAACAUGAGCCCAGAUACACAGCACCACCCCAGCUCGGCCGCCAUGCAGGACCAGGUGUGUAACAUAUCAUCGUGGACAAAGUUUACCCGGGACAACUUGUCCAAGGCCUCGCAGGAAGAACAGGCCACCAACAGUCUCAGACUGCUGGUGGAGCGAGUGCUGCAGGACACCACCCAUGACCUGAGGGUCCAGUGCUCCAGUGUGGACCGAGCCUUCCUUCAGCGCUGUGCGGAGCUGAUAGAGGCCAAGACCCAGCUGGAGAUUAAGCACACGCAGGUCUUGGAGCAGAUCGGGGCCCAGGAGAGGAGCAUUGUGGGUAUACAGCAGGCUAUCCACAACAAAGAGGCUCCACUGAGAGUAGCUCAGUCCAGACUUUACCUCCGCUCCCUCAGACCCAACAUGGAGCUCUGUAGAGAUGAGCCCCAGUUCAGUCUGGAGGGGGAGUUGAGGCAGCUUGACGCCACUCUGGCGUCUCUGCGCCAGCAGCUGAGUGAGGCCAGAGGCUCCCUGUCCCACCUGGAAGAGUCCCGCUUGACCCUGGAGAAGGACAUCAACUGUAAAACCCACUCGCUGUUCAUCGAGAGGGGAAAGUGCAUGACUCAGCGGAAACGAUACCCAGCGGUGUCGACGCUGUCGGGAUACUGAAGACGAGGACCGUUUGCUUUGAUUUUGCAAUUACUUAAAAUGAGAAUUUUAAGUAAUAUUGUUAACUAGAUUGUUAUUUAUUUUUGGAGUAUUCUAAGCCACUGAGAAAUGUGAUAUAUAUAUAGAUGUGUAUAUGUAUGUACACUUAUAUAUUCAACGUCUGUUCGUAUUUCAAUGACAAAGUAGACAGUCAUCAGACCAUCAAUAUAUAUAUAUAUAUAUACACUACCGUUCAAAAGUUUGGGGUCACUUAGAAAUGUCUUUAUUUUUCAAAGAAAAGCACUGUUUUUUCAAUAAAGAUAACAUUAAUCAAAAAUACACACUCUACAUUGUUAAUGUGGUAAAUGACUAUUCUAGGUGGAAACGUCUGGUUUCUAAUGAAAUAUCUCCAUAGGUGUAUAGAGGCCCAUUUCCAUCAACGAUCACUCCAGUGUUCUAAUGGUACAUUGUGUUUG